AUGAAGCUUCACAUGCAGAGCACCAUCUUCGGCCAGCUUGUGAGGUGGGUCUCGCGCAAUGGCACUUUCAAGUACCCAGACGAGAUCGAUCUGUCACUGUGGAAAAGCGCAGUCCAACAAACCAUUCCGCAAGAGUCGCAGCAGUCACACGAGCCAGAGCGCACUAAUGGCAACAUCGAUGGGUCGGAAAGGGAAACACAGAUGAGCGAGGCUCUAAAUGGAGAUGUCGAGAAAAAUGAACAAUCAAUGCCGCCGAGAGACGGUCCUUACCAAGUCCUCGUGAAUCCGCAGAAUUGGCCUAGCAACUUGAAACACCUCAUCACUCUGCAGAUGUGUAUUCUCAACUUUGCCGUGUACAUCGCAAGUUCGAUCUACGUACCCGGCGAGGCGAACCUCAUGGAAGAUUUCGGUGUGAACGAGGUCGUUGCAACGCUGGGGCUCUCGCUUUUCACCUUUGGUUAUGGUACCGGGCCUAUGCUGUGGUCGCCAUUAUCCGAGAUUCCCAGGUUGGGGCGUACCCACAUCUUCUUCUGGACACUUUUUGCCUUCAUCGUAUUUCAACUCCCUGUCGGAUUCGCUCCAAAUAUUUCCGUCUUCCUGGUCUUCAGGUUCGUGACGGGCUUCUGUGGCAGCCCUUGUCUGUCCACCGGCGGCGGUACUAUCAAUGACAUGUACCCGCCAACACAAGUUCCCUACCCUCUAGUCCUUUGGCAGUCGGCAGGUGUUCUUGGCCCUGUGUUUGGGCCCGUCAUUGGCGGCUAUCUGGCCCCAGCGACGGGAUGGCGAUGGACGAUCUGGGUUUUCACGUUUCUGUGCACUGCGGUGCUCUUCACAAUGUUCUUCUUGCUGCCCGAAACCAGCGCUUCCAAUAUUCUCUACAAGCGUGCCAAGAGACUCAGGGCUGCAACGGGAAAUGAACGCCUCAGAAGCCAGACCGAAGUCGACACUACACAUUACACCGUCAAGGAUAACCUGCUUCUCCUCGGGAGAGCUUUCACUCUCACCUUCUUGGAGCCAAUCGUCCUGCUUGUCGACCUCUACGCGGGCCUUCUCUAUGGUGUGCUGUUCAUAUGGUUUGAAUCCUUCCCUGUUGUAUUUGGCGGUAUAUACGGUUUCAACGUCGGUUCGCAGGGCCUCGUGUUUCUUAGCAUCCUCGUGUUCACUGCCAUCACUAUGACUGCGUUCCUGUUCUGGAUCAAACGGCGCCUCGUCCCAGCAAUGAAGUCAAGCAACUUCCGCCCCGAGAUGUUCCUCCCGCCAAGCUUUGUCGGGUGCUUUGCGCUGCCUAUCUGUCUGUUCUGGUUCGGGUGGUCGGCACGGGAGAGCAUCCACUGGAUUGUCCCCACCAUCGGCGCCGGCUCCUUCGCUAUCGGUGUCGUGACACUCUUCAACUCUGUCUACACCUAUAUUGGCAUUGUCUACGCACCCUACGCAGCGUCGUUGUUCGCUGGCGCCGCUCUGUUCCGCGCCUUGCUCGGCGGUGCCUUUCCGCUCUUUGCGAGAGAAUUGUUCUACCGACUGGGUGUCGGCCCGGGCAACUCGCUACUCGGUGGUAUUGCUGUGCUAUUUAUACCUAUUCCCUUCGCACUGUUUUACUAUGGAGAGCGCAUUCGAGGCUGGAGCAAACGCGCAGGAUGA